UCGCUGCUUUUUCUUUCACAUUCAGGCGCUAUCCCUCUGUCGUCAGCCUCCUCUUUUGGUCGGCGACGAGAGGGAUCAAAUUGCACACAAACCCCAUUUGACCAACUCUGCCCCAUAACCCAUUCAUUCUUUCAUUCUUUCUUUCUUUCUUUCUUUCUUUCUUUUAGCAUAUUAUCAUUACCAUAUCUAAAUAGCUAUUUCUUCUUCAUUCGUAUUAUUUUGCUUUUGUGUAAUGUCAAACAUUUUAGCCCCGUUCCAGCUCUUGGAACUGAAUAUAAUAUCAGCACAAGAUCUCGCAAAUGUGUCUCGUUCCAUGCGGACCUAUGCGGUUGCAUGGGUUCACCCAGAUCGUAAACUUUCAACACGAGUGGACACUCAUGGCGACAACAAUCCAACAUGGAAUGACAAGUUUGUGUUCCGUGUGGACGAGGAGUUUCUACACUCAGACACGUCAGCCGUGAUGAUUGAGAUCUAUGGACUCCAUUGGUUCCGAGACGUACACGUGGGCACGGUCCGUGUCCUUGUUGGGAAUCUAAUCCCAACCCCACCUAGGCCCCACCAACCCAACCAUCAUCCCAAGAUCGGAAUGAGGUUCGUGGCACUUCAGGUACGUAGGCCGUCAGGUCGGCCACAGGGAAUCCUCAACAUUGGGGUUGCGGUCCUUGACAGUUCCAUGAGGAGCAUGCCAUUGUAUACACAACUCAAUCUCUCUGGAGCCGUUGGAUAUCGGCAUUUGAUGGGUGAAGAUGAGUCAUUUUUGCAAGGGAGUCAUACAACGCUUACAAGCAGGCCUGAAUUUCGUCGUACGAAGAGUGAUACAAGUUCCAUGAUUGGUUCAGAGCUUCGAACUGCUCAAUUCCGUGGGAAAACAACACGUAAAGGAAAAUCUAGUUCCAUGGUGAACGAGUCUUCCUCCGAAAUCGAUCACAAGAAGAGAGGUCAAUCCAGAGGCAGCUCUUUGCUUAGUGGCUCCAUCAUGUUAAGAAGAGUGAAAAGCAAAAAGGGCAAAAAGUCUCGCUCAGUUGUUAGUGCCUCGGAUGCAGAGAGUGACCCUCGUAAUAAGAAGGGUAAAAACGGAAAAGCAAGUUCGUUGGUGAGCGGGUCGGAAGUAUCCGUGGAUCCUCCAAGGAAGAGUAAAAUUGGAAGAGCAAGUUCGGUGUUGAGCACAUCUGAGGUUAGUACGGACGUGGAGGCUCAGCCACCCAUUAAGGUUAUUAAUGGAAAAAAGAAUGGUAAGCCAAGUUCGUUGGUUAACGGUAACGGCUCAGAUGUUGGGGACCCACCACCAAAAAAGGUUGUGUUAAAUGAGAAUCCUGUCAUUGAAGAAUCCGACGUUAAUUGGUCAGAAUCUGAGGUUGAAAGGAUACCAAGUCUACCACCACCAAAAUCAAAGGGAACAAAAUUAGAAAAAACCACAAGUUUCCAAAUUGAUCCUGUGAUUCAAAACCCACCUCCUAGAAAAUCUACGGGAACGACCCCGUUGCACCCACGUGCCACCAAUGUCAAUUCCAGUUCCACACCCAAGCAUGCACGUGCCAAUCCCACACCCAUCCAUCCUCGUACUAGUGCCACACCCAUGCAUUCUAAAUCAUUUGGUAAAUUCACCGGCUUGACUGAGUACGGAACCCCAAGAAAGUUCUCCGAGCAUGGCACUCCGAAAAAGUUCAUACCCCCGGCUGUAAUGACGGAGUCAGAGCUGGGUCCAUCAGCGUCGGAGGUGGCGGCGGAGGUGGCGAGAGCGCCGAGAGUGGAAGAGGAGGGAAGCUCUAUUGUUGGUGGGUGGAGCUUGGCUGAAGAGAGCGUGGAAGGCCUACAAUCAAAGCUCGAACGUUGGAGGACGGAGCUUCCGCCCGUCUAUGACCGUGGCGAGUUUUCGAGCAUAAGGGGAUCGACCGAGCCCCGCGGCCAUGCGCGACGCCACACUGAUGGUGGCAACGGGUUGUUUUCUUGCUUCAGCAAUAUUUGUGGGUGUCAAUGCCAUAUUGUUUGUGGUGGUGACUCUGCCCGUGUGGACAAGAAAGGUGGUACAAGUGUUCGGAUCCCCCGGAGCUCAUCCGCUAAUAAUGUGGGCUAUACUUGAAUUGCCUGACUGACUUAGUUGUCAUCAUUCGUGGUCGUUUUUUUUACAAUUGAUGAUGCAGUCCGGUGUGGAAUGAGGGAGCUAACUCAUCACUUUGGAUUUCAUUUCUUUUUAGUUUUUUUUUUUUUUUUUUUUUUCUUUUUAAUAUAUAUAUUUUUCAUUUUUGAAGGACUUAAAAUUGUGUGGUAUUGGAAGUUUAGGCCAUGCAUCAUGCCAAGGAUGAAUGUUAGGGAAUCCAUAUGUCGAUGGGUUAGAACACCCUAACUUCUUCUUCUUCCUUUAUAUUAUUUUUUUUUUCUUUCUCACAAAAUUCUGUCUCUUUCAUUCUUUGGGCGCCCUAGAAAACAAAUGUACAAGAAAGGGGAAAAAGGAAAUUUAUUAUA